AUGCUCCGCAACUACAGGGCUAUUGGAGAUGAGGAGGGCCUCAAGGGCGAGAUUGGCAAACUGUACAUUGACGGCAAUGUGUUCACCAUCACUACCCUGGAAAAAGAUUUUGAGAUUGGCGCUGAGCUUGGGCAUGGCACCUUUGGGUGCGUGAAGACGGCCGUCCACAGAGCGACAAACACCACCCUCGCCGUCAAGUUGUUGCGGGACACAAUGCGAGCAGAUGAGAAAGAGAAGCUGAUCAAAGAGCUGACGCUGAGCCGAAAGUUUGACAGCCCGUACACCGUCCGCUAUCACGGCAUCAACGUCUUUGAUGGCCAGAUUCAGCUCUUUGUCGAGAAAAUGAGGAUGAGCCUUGAUUCGAUGAUCAAGUACACGAAGAGGGCAAAGCAGCGAGUGCCAGAAGCCGUCCUCGGCCACAUCACCUGCUGUCUGAUCAAAGGCUUGGACUACAUGUGGCACACGCACCGGGCGAUGCACCGCGACAUCAAGCCCUCCAAUGCCCUCAUUGGCUUCGACGGGUCCAUCAAACUGUGCGACUUUGGGCUGGCGAACAUUGCUGUCGACAGCAUCCUCAUCUCCAACGUCGGCUCGGAGCUCUACCUCUCGCCGGAGCAGCUUGAUCCAACCACGUGCCAGCAAGGAUACGAUGUGCGGCGCGAUGUCUGGUCGCUCGGCGUCACGCUCCUGGAGAUUGCCAACCUCGAGUACCCGUUUAGGUCCGAAGCGGAGAAAUACGCCUCCGCCUUCACUGUCAUGAACCGCGUCACGCGAGGCCUCAUUCCACGUGUCAAGUAUGAGUAUUCACCGAGCUUCCAGGACCUUAUUUCUUCUUGUCUGGAGACGGAUGCAAGGUGGCGGCCGUAUUUCCGCGUGUGCGCGCAGCCAUUGAAGCGGCUUGGCAGCGGCAGCAGCAGCACUGCCAGUCGUCAGAACAGCGUGACAGGUCGCCCAGACGCACACCGCCUGGCCAGCAUUGGCGAUGAGAACCCGUUUGCGGCGGACAUGCGUGAGUCGCGCGAUGGCGGUGUGGGCAGCGGCAGCCAGCGAUCACCUGCUGCUGGUGUGUCCAACCACGCGGAUACACGUGGCAAUGCGGUGGCUUCGCCGGCGUCGGCCACGUCGCUUGCAACGCAAUCGCCGCACGUGAGCGCCGAGGAGCUUGCGAAGCGUGAGGGCAAGACGAUACACCCAGCGCUGAUGGAGCAUGAGUUUUUCAAGCAGUAUGAUAAGGUGGAGUUGAACGUCGCAAACUGGAUCGACUCGUUGUUACGCUUGCCAGAUAUGGCAAUGUGA